AUGGCUACUGUCCUUGCUGUCCGGAGCGAGGUGACAGGCAAGCGCCCCAUCAAGCUGACCCCGAAGAUGCAGGGAGCUGGGGGUCUUGGUACCCGCUUGAGUGGCGGUGUCAAGAAGCGCAAGGCUGUUGGCGGCCGACUGAUCACGAAAGCGCGCAAGGAUGGCGCUUCUGAGCACGUCGAUGACAACGAUGAUGUCGACGAUGUUGCGGGCAACACCGGCAUUGACAACGCCUCUGCUGCCGCAGCUGACCCGUCUAGCGGUGCUGGUGAUGCCGCUCCCUUGGGGGUUCAAGUCCAUGCUGACGACUUCAGUGAUGAGGAGCAUGAUGAGGAAGAGGAACGCACGAAGCUGCAGACGGAAAAGCAAGUUUUAACCGUAACGCUCAUUUCCUGUGCCGCAGGGGACGGGCGACAGGACACGCUGAACAACAUCACCGAGCGUGAUGGGGCGUCGCUUCCCUCUCAAAGUCCUGCUGGGAGCCCCCUGGAGGGUGUUGCCGCGGCAUCUGACCAGGCUGCUAACGGGCGGCUUGCUGAGUUGGAGCGAACCACGCAGCAGCAGUCACAGCUGAUUUCGUCGCUUUUGUUGCAACUUAACAACGGGUCCUGCUCCCUGGAGAGGGGUGCGGUGGAAAAGGGAGGGCUUCUUAUCUGGCACUUUGCUGAAGGCACGAUGCGCCCGUUUGGCACUGCGCUCUUCGACAUCAUCGUCCGCAACGCAUUUCAGAAGGGUGCUGGCGGGUCGGCUACGGUGGUGAAGGCGUACCACAUCGCCUAUCUGCUGUAUCUGUCCCCCUUUGAGUUCUCACUGGGCGAGUCAGGAGGGAGCCUGCAGCUCGCAGUGAUGAGCGGCACCAUCAAAUGGCCGCACCCGCCGCUCUCCGCCUCCUCCUUUCCAUCCCCUAAUCUCCCCUCUUUUCUCCUUCUCCCCAUUUUCCCCCCUCCCCCACCCCUACCCUUGCUUCCUGCACUCUUUCCCCGGCCCUUUCUCCCCAUUCCCUCCCGCCUUUUUUCUUCUCCUUUCCCGAACCCCAGGUACGGGCAGUCCCGUUUCGAGUUCUCCCUAGGCGAGUCAGGAGGCAUGGUGCAGCUCGCAGUGAUGGGCGGCACCAUUAAAUGGCCCCACCCGCCGCUCCCUGCCUCCUCCGCCAUCCCUUAA